CCAAGCUCUAUUAUUUCAUUAUAUUGACUGCUGUUGAUAUUUAUUUUUGCAUUCAAUUUUGUGAACCCCCUUAAAAAUUCAACCGCAUACGCUUUGCACGUAAUUAUCUGGAUUGGUUGGCCACAUUAGCUCUCCCACCUUCAACACAAAAUUUCUUCCCCAUUAAAAAUUCAGAACAGCAGUUUAAUCGGACCUUUGAUAUCCGGCUAAUUAACAAUGUUCUCGUCGAAAUAUCUCUUUAUAUUUGCGCUGUUCGCACUACUCGCCAGUGUUUUUGCCGCGCCGGCAGGCGUGCCAGAUGAGAGCCAUAGCAGAAAUGUAGCUGCGCCCGCUGUAUCAGCUCCUGUUUUAAUGCCGGUUGCCCAGCUGCCUGUCCGGAUGCCCGCUCAGCUACAAGUCAUUCCCAAGGUUCCUGUUCCUGUUCACCCUGCUUCAUCAACCAAGUCUAAUAUCGACUCCUCCGCCAACAAAAAUGAGAAGGCUAUGUCUGAAAACAAUAUUAGCUCGCCUGCUAGUGCUGUUCACUCCGGUGUCCCAAAUGCUAAAGAGCUUCGUGCGUCCAGCUGCUGUGGCGGCUGCAGUCAGUGCGGCGGUUGUGGUCAAUGCGGCCAGUGCGGCGGUUGCGGCCAGUGCGGCAGUUGCCAAAGACAAUGCUGCGGCGGCGGUUGCAACAAUGGCUUCUGCAACAACAGCUGCUAUGGCAACAACUGCUGCCAGAGACAGUGCUGUGGAAACAGCUGCUGGAACAACGGGUGUGGAAAUGGCUGUUGGAACAACGGAUGCGGAAAUGGCUGCUGCAACAACGGUUGCGGUGGCGGCUACGGCGGCGGCUAUGGCGGUGGUUAUGGUGGCUAUGGCGGUGGCUAUGGCGGCUAUGGCGGCUAUGGUGGUUAUGGUGGACGUCGUCGUUAACCACCUGGUAUUUUCAAUUAGCACAUGCAGAGUUAGCAUAUAUUUUCUUACACCUUUGUACGCGUGUGUAUCAAAACCACAGCCUUUCUGUUAUCGGGGCUUUGUCAAAUUGUUUCAAAUUUAGUGUCAUACUAUUUAAAAAAUUUUACUUUAAUACUAUUGUCUAUUUUAAAUUUAACAAGGGAAUUUUUUUGCUUGCAAGUUAUGCAAUACUCUGGCUUAUUUUCCAUUUUAUAAUCUUAUAAUUAUUUGCAGUACAAUUAAAUACAUUGCAGAUUGUUGAUUGGUGAGCUAAACCACUUAUCCAAGUUUCUGUGUAUCAAUUUUUAUCCGUAUACAUUUGGCCCGCCAUUUACAAUAAAA